AUGGCCAUCCGCGCGCGAAAUGCGGCUACCCCGUGGGCACUUUUCGCGAGCAGCGCCGGCGUCGCCGCGCUGCUGGUCGCAUGUCUCCUGAGCGAAAGCGGGGCGAACUUCGCGAACGCGCAGAUGCCGAAUGGGCGCCGCGAGGAGCCCGAAUGGGUGACGCAGAUGCUGCAGAACACCGAGCCAGACGCGCAACCCGGCCCCGCGGAUCUCGGCUGGGUGGAGCAGCUGGUGCCGAAUUCUGAUUCGUCGGCGCAAGACGCAUCCGCGCAAUUCCCCCCCGCGCAAGGGCCUCCCGCGCAAAUCCCCCCCGCGCAAGGGCCCCCCGCGGACGAUCCCGACUCAGAUGACCAGGAUGAGGAGGACGAUUCGCGUCCUGACUUUGCUGGAGAAAUUGACCCCCAAGACUCGGAAGGUCAGGCGGAGCCUGACUGGGAGGCGCAGAUGCAGUCGAUCCUCCAGCAGGUGGCCAAUCGCACCUUCCUCUCUUCCUUCGGCCAGAUCUUCGCCAGUUACUUCCAAUCGGAGCAACUGUAUAUCGAUCAGGAUGCAACCAUCCUCAUUCCCACCAACGUUGGCUGA